AUGAGUCUUGGAGGGGGGAGCAUCGGAGGUGGACACCUGGGAGGGGGAAGCUUCGGCGGAGGUGGAUCUGUCGGAGGAGGAAGCUUGUCAGGCGGCCCUAUUGGAGGAGGAAGCACAGGAGGUGGUCAUGUUACCAUGAAGCGUUUCGUCAUCCUGCUGAGCGUCGUCUGCGCCGUCAGCUGCGGCAGGAACUAUGGCAACAGAGGCAGCAUCGGCGGCGGCAGGGGUGGCAGUCUGGGAGGGGGAAGCAUCAGAGGUGGACACCUGGGAGGAGGAAGCAUCGGCGGAAGUGGAUCUGUCGGAGGAGGAAGCUUGUCAGGCGGCCCUAUUGGAGGAGGAAGCACAGGAGGUGGCCAUGUUGGAGGAGGGAGCCUCGGAGGUAGACCUGUUGGAGUAGGAAGCGUAGGAGGUGGACAUCCGGUAGGAGGCAGUAUUGGAGGCGGACACCCAGAUGGAGGAGGUCUUGGAGGAGGGUUCCGCCUCGGGCGGCAGCAGCAGUACUAA